CCCCCGGCCUUUCAUAACCACGCACUCCCUGCGGCAUCAUGGUUCUAUCCGUUCGCCGUAUUCCACCUCCUUGCUAUCCGCUCAAUACGUUUGCCCUCGGAGUGCUGACUUUUCAAGGGCAUAUUCUACCUCCUUUUCCAUCCCGAGUUGAUGAGACCGCUCCUCUCUCGAAUAAUACCACUGCUGCUCCUAUCCCUCGCAAUCCUAAGCGCCCUCUUUGCUACCCUCUACCUCCCACAAGUUGCCCUACUCACUCUUUUCCACGGACCCCUAGCAUGGAUAAACGCAGCGUUCAUGGUCCUAACCGAAGCUGCGACACUUAUAACCUUUAUCGCGGAGAACUUCAUGACAGAGAGCCAGAUCGUGGACACCUUUGACGCGGUGCUUAUGCACGCAGCUGAGAAGUCUAACGACGCGGAGUUCCGAGAACAUAUUUACGCCCUUGUGUGCACUGCGAGGGAUAUUCACCCCGAGAGGGAGGGAGCCACAGCGAAGCUCGGAGAGCAUAGGAAGAGCCCAUAUCUGAGGUUUUCGUGUAGGCUUACGAUGGAGUUUAUUUGCGAGCUUCCAUUGAAUUUCAUUCCGUUAGUUGGGACUCCCUUGUUCCUGAUAUUACAGGGUAAACUUAGCCACUUCUUUCCCGUUCCACUUUACCGUGUCAUACUGUGUUCAGUGCUAAUUAUUCACAGGUUACCAUCUCGGCCCCCUGUCUCAUUACCGGUAUAUCCAACUCAACGGCUUGCAAAAGAAUGAGAAGAAGAAAUUCAUCAAACGCAACAGGUGGAGAUACUGGCUGUAUUUUCUCUCCUACGACAUGAAGAUAUUCCGAAUACUGACUUUAUAAGAUUUGGGCUACCGCACGUCUGUCUGCAAGUAUUCCCUGUAUUAAGUAUCUUAUUCCUGUUCACAAGUGCCGCGGGAGCAGGCUUGUGGGCUGUGGAGGAUCAGAAGAGGUUGUUCUAUGGAACUGCCGAAAGUGGGCCUAGCGAAGGUCCCCAGCGGCCGGCGGAGGGCGGGAGAAAGAAGUGGUGGUGGAAGAAGUAAAGAAUAAGGAUGAGAAACGAGAAACGGGCACUAUACAACUUAAUUUAGUCAUUGAUUCUUUUUU